AUGCCGGCAACAACCACAACCCGCACCCUAACAAUUUCGGCCGCCAAAGCAGCAACAGCCGCGGCCGAGGCCAAGGCCGCCAGCAUAGGCGUGCCCAUGAACAUCGCCGUCGUCGACGCCGGGACCCACCUCCUCGCCUUCACCCGCAUGGACGGCGCCAAGCUCACCUCCGUCGCCAUCGCCAUCGACAAGGCCUUCACGGCCGCCGGCCACAGGGUCCCCACCUCGUCCUACAAGGAGGCCGUCUGGCCGGGCGGCCCGGCCUACGGCAUCAACGGCACCAACGGGGGCAGGUUCAACGUCAUCGGCGGCGGCGUCCCCGUCAUCGGGCCCGGUGGCGAGAUCCUCGGUGCUGUGGGCUGCAGCACCGGCACCCCCGCCCAGGACGAGGUCGUCGCCAGGGCGGCGGUCGAGGCUGUUGAGAAGCUCGUGAGGGAGGAGGCGGUGUCGGGGGCGCCGAGGGCGAAGCUGUGA